AUGACUCAGGGAGAUAAAAAGAGAGAGAGCUCGGCAGAGAAGCAGGACUUCUUGAGUAGUGAUUUCUGGAUUGCUGCUUGUGCCACCCGCCAGCUUCCGAACCAGCUUACCAUGCGGAUCCUUGACAAGGACUUGCUGAAUUCCACACGUGAUAACCUGGUGCAAUACGCACAAGGCGCAGGUUGGAUGUACAGGCCCCGCCCCGGAUCUCGGCACCAAGCAGUGUCCACUGCCUCUGAGAGGCUGCACAGACCCGCGACUGAAAUCAGUCCGACUCCUGAGAGUCGAGCACAGAGCUGCCGACUACCGACCCGAGUCCAGAUGUUGAUGGAAGCAUUGACUCUGUUCGUUACUAUUCAGAUGUUUCGUGUUUGCGAACCCAAGCCGUUUUCUGAGAGUCCGGCUGUAGUCACUGCACAUGUCGGUCAGCCGGUUGAACUCUCCUGUGAACUCACGUACCCAGUGGAGGUCGCAAGCAAUGUGUUGUGGUACCAACAGCGUGCGGACGAACCCCCGGUAGAGAUCAAAUCCACGGACUGCCGAAAGACCGGCUGUAGGACGACUUACAAAAAAGUCUCUGGCGAUCGCACAUCAGUGCUGGAAAUUCGGGACGUCGGUGUGGAGGAUUCGGGUUCCUACUACUGUUCUCGAAGGGAUUUGCUGCUUGCGAAGGGACCCACACUCCUGGUUGGAGACAGCUCCACCAACCGGACCUACAUCCUGGUAUUUGUCCCACUGUCUGAGAGGAACGGGUCGGUUCCCCUGGUGUGUCUGGUCGGCGGCCUUUCUUCCAUCCAUAUUGUCAUUUACUGGAACAUUUCCGGAGAGAUCAUGGAAGGAUGGAGCGAUACCGGCACGCUUGACCCUGACCUGAGUUAUAGUGUUAGAAGUCAGAUGCCAGUCCCAGUGGAAACCUGGAGGAGCGGCGGAGUCUGUACCUGUAUCGCACAGCUCGGUGGUGCGGGAAAGAUGAUAAUCAAGAGCGUGUCCCAUAUCACCAUUGAACCAGAUCAAGGAACCCAUCGUCAAUUGGCGACGCACCAAGUACACGACACUGUGGCUCAGGUACGUAUGGUGAUGUAA